AUGAAGAAACAACAAACUUUUUGUGAAAGUGAAAUAUGUGAAAGUUAUUUAGCUAAAGCACAAUAUUCAUAUACAAUUGGUGAUCGUUUGGAUCAAGAUUUAAUUGAAAGAAAUUUAGAUAAAGUUAUUCGCGGUAGUGAAAUUCUUGAAAUACUUCAUGGUCUUCCAUUAAUUAAAGACUAUCUAUAUUCACUUUAUAAAUAUCGUUAUGCAGAUUUUUUGCGUUUACUACAUGCAGAAUUAUUGCAAUCAUAUUCAUCAUUGACACUUAAAGGUAUGGCACAAGCAUUUGGUUCUUCAGAAAUAUUUCUUGAUAAAGAAUUAUCACGUUUUAUUGCUCGUGGAAAUUGA